GGUUUGAGUGUGAUUUUAGUGAGCUUAAAGUCGAUCAUGAAAUGAUUUGAAAUUGUUAUCUGUAAAUCGUAGAACAACAAAAUUUUAUCUGAUUGCGUUAAUUUGUUUUCGGAAUUAUUUACAUUAAUAAGUGCCACGUGAAAGUUAUAAACUGAAAAUGGACACUCACAUGAGCAUGGGGCAUGCCCAUCAUGAUCAUGGCAAUCAUAUGAACAUGAACCAUAUGAUGCCAGCGGUAGACCAUGACAUGUCAAUGAAUUCCACAUUCCAAGGUGACAUCAUAUCAAACACCUUCAACGGCAGCGAUGACAGUAUAAAUUACAAAUCAGAUUUAAGAGCACAUGCACAUCACGGACACGGCGGACAUGAAGGUCUCAGCGAACAUGCUGGAGGUCAUGACAUGGCUAUGACUUUUCAUGGAGGUUAUAAUGAAGUCAUUCUCUUUUCAUGGUGGAAAGUGACAGACAUUGGAGAAUUCGUAGGAUCUUUCUUUGCAGUAUUCUUAAUGGCUUUACUUUAUGAAGGCUUAAAAUAUUACAGAAAACAUUUACUAUGGAAAACGUAUACAGGGCUCCAAUAUUGUGCAGUGUCACCACCAGACAAAGGCGUAGCAAAUCUAUGCGCCCCAGAUGAACCGCAAGUUAUACAGCCGGUGCCCCAUGUCCUUGAAAGAAAUGUUCCUACAAUGAUGAGCACAGCGCACGCGUGGCAGACAGUGCUUCAUGGAUUACAAGUUUUAGUCAGUUAUAUGUUGAUGCUGGUAUUCAUGACCUACAACACAUGGUUAUGUGCUGCAGUUGUCCUGGGAUCAGCGACCGGGUACUUCCUCUUUGGAUGGCGUGAAUCUGUUGUAGUAGACUUUACAGAACAUUGCCACUGAUAUACACUAAAGCACCUAGGAUUUGUGAGCCAGAUUAGUAUUAUUUUUUCUUGAAUUUAUUUUUAUUAUACAUGUUAUAUCUUGUUGUUUGAGCUCAAAAUAUA